AUGUCUCGCUUGGCAUUCGUUCUUUUCACCCAUGCGGUGCUGUCUCAGUUUGGAGAUGUGAUGAUGGCUUGCUUGAAUCUACUAAAUGUUCCCAUCAGGAAGAUCUUCAACGAAAGUAUUUCCUCCUCUUAUAAUCUCAACCACAAACAGCUCGAACUGAUCUACUCUGUUUCUGCUUCCACGAUGAUGAUUGGUGUGUUGGUAGGAUUUUUGAUAAUAAGUCGACUUAUGGAAGUGCUUGGAGCGAAGGAUACAGCUAUAACAGUGAGAUGUUCUCUUGGAAUAAUUGGAUCUGCCUCGAUGGUGCUGUCUUUUAUCACCCGACGGUUCGAAUUUUUCGUGCUAGGACAUUUCCUAAGCGGUGUCGUGUCUGCUCUCAAGGUUGCCCUGUUUAUUUACGUUGCUGACUGCAGUCCUGACAAAAGGAGAGGUCCAGCCUCGAUGAUGGUGAACUCAGGAGGAGUGCUAGCGGUGCUCGUAGCAACACCUGCUUGUAUGCCGAACUUGCUCGGUUCAGACAGCUCUUGGUUUAUUCUGCCCAUGUUUUGCGCCGUAAUGGCUGCUGCACAUUUGCUCAUCGCUGGACGCUUUCCCAAAAGUCCUAAGGAUUUGUACAUCAAGGAGCGCAACGAAAAAGAAGCGAGAGCUGCAUUGGACUUCUUCUACGAGGACCAUCACGACAUCGAUGGUGCUAUAGCAAAAAUGGGAGAGGAAAAAUCACACGAAAAUUGUCAAUCUAUGUCACUUAGAGACAUCAUGGCCGACAAAACAUCAAGAAACUCUCUGAUCAUCGUCCUUCUCUGUGCUUUGGUACCAGCAUUUUCUGCAUUGAAUGUUAAACUACAGUAUCUGAUGUCAUUGUUGAUCACAUUCGGACUGUCACAGGGAGAGGCUACCAUGGCGCUGACAUUUAUCAGUGCCAUCGCCGCUCCAAUUUGUUUUAUUGCACCAUGGUUGAUCGAGCGUUUUGGAAUUCGCAAAAUGUUUGUGAUGAUAACAAUGCUGUGCUCACUGGAAUGGAUUGGAUUAGGUGUGGCGCAAGUAUUCGUUGAUUGCAAUACACAGCACGUGAUAUCCUCGGUAAGCGCCAUUGCUGGUGCAACACUUGGACAGUGCGCUUUCAAUCUUGGUCUGCUCGUCAUGUCGCCGGUGAUGAUUUCAGAAGUCUGUCAUUACAGCAAUAGACCUGCUAUAACCCAGUUCACGCAAAUUCUACCACUGGCGUUUGCGGUCGUAGAGGUUGCCGCUUUUCCUACUCUCAAAUCAUACUUGGGUGGCAUACUAUACAUCUUUUUCUCAUCUUGCUGUGCAAUGCUGGCUGUGCUAAUGUUCAAAAAGUUGCCGCACAAGUCUCAUUAA